AUGCCGAAUGGUCUGAUAUUCGACCGUUACACGUUGACUGGGUGUUUUGGAGGCAUCUCAAACAGUAUGAACAAGUUCUACUUUGGUGGAGGCUCGGGAAGCAUCUCGUCUGACGAUGAAGACAACCUUCCAUAUCCUGAAGCUUUACCACGAAGCGAUUUCCUUGCACCAGAUUUCGACGCACCAAACUAUCUUUCUACGCUAUCUGACCGCCACCAAACACUAGAGGAUCUGCGUUCUGAUCUCAGGGAGAGAUCACAGGCUCUGUCAAAAGAGUUACUGGAUUUGGUCAACACCAAUUACGAGCAAUUCCUAAGUCUCGGUUCCGACCUCAAGGGAGGUGAGGAGAAAGUCGAAGAUGUUAGAGUGGGACUUCUAGGGUUCAAGCGAGGAGUGGAGGACGUGAGAGGGAAAGUGAAGGAGAGAAAGCAGGAAGUCGAAGCCCUGUUAGCUGAGAAGAAAGGUGUCAGUAAAGAAAUUGCCCUUGGCCGGAAAUUAGUAGAGCUAGACGCUCGGUUGGAAGAACUGGAAGACAGGCUGAUGGUGGCUUCAUUGGGUCGUACUGUCAACGGAAACGACGAAGACGUUUGGAGUGAGAGUGAGGAUGACGAAGACGAGGAUGAACUCUCAAUAGAUGGUGCCAAUGGAACAAGCACAAAGAAGCUCCAACGACUCGUGAUCGAUUACCGCCAUAUUGAACACUUGUCAGCUAGCAUUGGACAACAUCCAUUCAUUGUUGCUCAAGAAUCCCGAAUGCAGCGAGUCAGGAAUACCAUCCUUCUUGAUCUCAGGGAAGCUCUGAAGAAAGCAAGUCCAACAAAUGACGCAGGACGAACCAAGCUAGUCGAGAUAUUGAGUAUAUAUCGGAACCUGGGAGCAGAUGGAGAAGCAGUAAAAGUACUGAAGGACUUGAGGUCAUGA